CGGAGUGACAUAAUCAGUUUAGAUAGCGGAACGAAUGAGCACUGAUCUGGACAUUGUACAUUUGCACAGAGACUAGAGUGACAUUGAGAGACCAUCUUGCCUCAAAUGGAAAGGCAGGAUGGAAAAAUAUCAGCUAAUGAGGAGUGCCGGGUGGAGAACGGUGAAAGUGAGAAGGAUUUGGAUUGGUUUAUUUCACAGGAAACACCACAGGGGGCAACAGAGGAGGAGGUCACGGCUCAAUGGAAACCCGGUGAACCAGUGACCCCACAGCAGGUCUUAAGGCUCAAUGGGUAUACUGAAGAUUACCUGUGUCUACCAGAGGACAACAUCUACAACAUCAAUUUCUCUCGCUUCAAGAUCAGAGACCUGGCCAGUGGAGCCGUCAUCCUUGACAUCAAAAAGCAAUGUCCAACAGAAAUCCAAGACGUCAUCAAACCUGAUGUCAACAGAUUCAUCCAGUAUCACUUCUCACCUGCAUUUCUCACCCUGAAAGAGAUUGGAGCUACGUUGGAAUUCACCGUGGGCAACAGGGCACUGAACCGCUUUCGCCUUAUUGAGAGGCAUUUUUUCAGAAAUGUCCUGCUCAAAACCUUUGACUUUGAGAUUGGCUUCUGCAUCCCAUACAGCAGGAACACCUGUGAGCACAUCUACUUCUUACCGGACCUGGAACCACAAACAGUUGAGGACAUGAUUGCCAAUCCCUUUGAGACACGCUCAGACAGUUUUUACUUCGUCAACAACAAGUUGGUCAUGCAUCACAAAGCAGAGUAUUCCUUUACGGCAGACACACAGACUGAUGUAUCUUGUCAGAACGGGAAUGAAUGAAUGAAGUGGGUUUUACAUACAUACAGUAAGCCAUGUCCAAAAAAAAUAUAGACUAUUGUGUAAAAGUUAAUUUUCUUCCAUAAUGUCAUUCAAAUUUAGAAACCUUCAUACUGUAUAUUUUAGGUUAAUUGUGCAUGCAUUGAACUAUUCAACAUUUUGUCUUAAUUUAAAUUUUUAUGGCAUACAGCUCCAGAAAAUCCCCAAAUCCACGUGUCCUAAUAUUCGAGUAUUCUGACUGUACUCAGUUAGUCAGUCUCGAAGUACUCCGUUUGCUCGUAAAAAAAAGAAAUGUCUGACCUGGGCUUUGGAUAAAAAGAACUGGGCUUGCAUGGCCAAUGGUCCAAGGUCCUGUUCUCUGAUGAAAGCAGAUAUUGUCCAAGGUCUUAGGGACAGGCGGACAGAAGCUGCUAACGCCCAUUGUGAUUUGGGGUGCCAUGUGUCCACUCUGUUCAAGUGCAGAGUCAAUGCAGCUGUCUACCAGGAGAUCUUGUAGCACUUCAGUCAGAACCCUUCAGUCAGAACAAACAUUCUUCAUAGGCAGUGCAACCGUUAGGAAUGUCCCCCCCAAAAAACCCCACUGGUGUACAAAGUAACAGACAUGGAACAGGAAAACAUCAGAAGUUGAUGACAGAAACAUUGUGAGAGCUGUAAAGAACGACCCUACCCAACCUGCAGAGACCCUACAGUGGCUACACCAGAUCAUGCCAAGCUGGAAUUGGUGGUUAGGCCCAAUGUUGGUGCAAUGGUUCUGGCUGAGUUGCCAUCCUCUCCCAUAGACAGCUCUUUGAUUUUCAUGUUGUUUUCACCUCUAAAUGCAGUACACAGGCAUAACCUAUCCUACCUAAACUCAAACUGAACCCAGAUAUUCAGUAUUUAUUGGUUGAAUAAGUAAAUAAGACACGCCAAACCAACACCAACCUAUCAAUAGUUUUGUUCUAAUGAAAGAUGAGUGGAUGGUACCUAAAUAUUUGAAGUCUACACCAAAAAUAAAAAAGUGACCUCACUUCUGAAGGCCACUGUGUGUUAAGUGUGUACUUUUUAAUAACAAGGAGAACAUGAUGGAUCACAAUGGUGGGUUGUUGACAUAAAUGGAACCUAAACAGGUUCCAGUCUACAUGUAGAAAUCCCACUGUUAGACUAUUGAUAUGUUGGAAAGGAGACUUUACAGAGUAUAUUUAAUAUAUUAGAUUAGAGACGUGAUAGCCUUUGUUUUCGUUCAGUGCGUACUGAUUCUCAACUAAUUCCUUUUCAUGUCUUAUGUAAAUAAAGUACUUCAUAUCAACCAA